AUGAGACUCCAGAAUCUCAUCGCCGCUCUCCUCGCAUCAUGCGUGACACCAACACUCACUGCCGUCUUGCGACCAAGACAGGCGCCGGGUGCUGCUGAGGGUGUGACGACGAUCACCAGCCCUGGAGGUUCUCAAAUCCGUUUCAAGGAGCCUGGAAAAGAGGGAAUUUGCGAGACCACGCCGGGGGUCAACUCCUACAGCGGAUACAUCGAUAUCGCCCCUGAUGUUCAUGUGUUCUUCUGGUUCUUUGAGUCGCGGAGAGACCCUGCAAACGACCCUGUAACACUCUGGCUCAACGGUGGUCCUGGAUCCGACUCUCUCAUUGGACUGUUCGAGGAGAUCGGACCUUGCGAGGUUGUCGAGAAUAUGACGACAGUCCUGAGAGACUACUCCUGGACUGAUAUUUCCAACGUUCUCUUCCUCUCUCAGCCAGUCGGAACAGGCUUCUCCUACAGCGAGAAAGAGGUGGGUUUCCUUGACCCAACCUACCUCCUGGUGGACAAGGAGCCCGAGAGUUCAGAUGAGCGAGAGGGUCGCUGGGCAGUUAUCGACCCAACAAAGGAAGAUACAAGUCGUCUAGCUGCCAUAACCUGCUGGGAGGUUCUGCAAGGAUUUUAUGACGCUUUGCCGCAAAUGAGCACGUCAAACAUCUCAUCUAUUGACUUUCAUCUGUGGGCUGAGUCAUUUGGUGGCCACUGGGGCCCCGCGUUCUACACUCUCUUCAAUGAGAAGAACUCCGAGCUCGAUGAAAACACCGCAACUGGCCGCAAGCUAAACUUGAAGAGCCUCGGCAUCGUGAAUGGCAUUGUUGACGAGCACACCCAGACGCGAUACCUGCUUGACUUCACCAGAGGAGAGAACAAUGGAUACGGAGUUGAUCUGAUCAACGACACCAUCUACGAUUACGGGAAGUGGAACCGUGAUCGCCCUGGUGGAUGUCAAGAGAAGCUUGACUAUUGCGACUGGCUUGAGAGGGACUCUAUCGUUCGCCGUUCAGCAUGCUCAGCCGCCCAGUUUAUCUGCCAAUCCGACGUUGAGGGGAUGUUUUACACAUUCAAUCUCGAAGGCCGUGGAACUUAUGAUAUUCGCUUCCGUUCAGGAGAAGACGUUCCGCCCAACUACUGGAGGCCCUACUUGAACACCCGACCAGUCCAAAACGCUCUUGGCGUGGACCUAAACUAUACGUCAAACAAUCUGCUCUACACAGCUUACACCCUCUCUGGAGACUUCGCCGUCGGCUACCUCCCAGACAUCGAAAAGCUUCUUGAGCUAGACGUACAAGUUUCCCUGGUCUUUGGAGAUGCAGACUACAUCUGUAACUGGCUCGGCGGAGAAGCGCUCUCCGUUGCGGCUGAGUGGUCUGGUGCCGAGAACUUCCGUGACGCUGGGUACACGGAGCUUACGGUCGAUGGGGUUGCCUAUGGAGAAACGCGGCAAUACGGAAAGCUGAGCUUCACUCGAGUCUGGAACGCAGGCCAUGAGAUCCCAUAUUUCCAGCCAAAGGCUUCAUUCCAGAUUUUCAACCGAACUACCAACCGGUUUGAUAUUGCGACGGGUGAAGUUGUGAUUACUCCUGAUAGCACCUACAAGACGAACGGAACAGCAAAAACAACGAAGACAACCACUCUACCACCUUUGCCAGCUCAGACGCAAGCUUAA